AGCAAAAGGCAGCCUGCUUAUCAUCUCAUUUAGCUGACAUGGUGAAGCCCUGAGACACACAUCUAUGAUACAUAGAUAGAAGCAAAAUUCUUCUGUGGUCUCUGCUAAGCAGGUGCUUACAAGAACUUUUGCAUACUAGAGAUGAGAGCUGUUAUCCAAGAAGUUUCUGCCUUGAUAUGAUGAAGGAUUUAUGUUACCCACACUUCAAAUAAAAAGUACCGAGGGAUGCAUUUCAUUACUGCCCUGUGACACUGGAGAAGCCACGGCUGCAGUGGUAAUAUUCCUCGUUUGUGUCACACAGAGAAUUUAUUUGCAAGAAGAGUCCUGCUCCAAAGAGAAAAUGAAUAGCCAAUAUAUGCGUCAUGAAGUGCGAGGCUGUGAAACCAGCGACCUGAGGAACUUCUGGGAAAAGACCAUCGAACAGCAAACUCAGUAUCUGCAAAAUGAGAAAGAACGUCAGCGAAGAAGCGCUCUGACAAAGCUCAGAAAUGAAUGGAUGGAAAGGCUGGAAAAACGGAUAAAGAUGUUGAGGACCCAAUCUGAAGACUCAUCCAGCUGAAGAGCCCACACUCAUUAUACGUUUGGGGGAAAAUAAAUCUGUUUUGUAGGAAAGCAUGAUGUAAAAGCUGAAAUCAGUUUUACUCUGUAGCUUAAAUGAGCUAUAAUUAAUUAGCUGUCAUUGUUUGAAGU